UAAUGAGUGCGUCAUGUGACCCACAGAAGCACAUGCCAAUUAUCACAUGAAGAGCGUUCUGGUUCUGUUCGGAAUGUUUCAUUGGAUAAAGCUUCAUGACUAACGCAUCUAACAGGUGCGGCACUGUUUCCUUUGACAUGAGUCAGCAACCUGUGCUCAUGUUGAGAGUGCGUUUUGGGAAGCUGAUGAACGGCAUCCAAGAAUCCUGCAUGAAUAUUUAAUUGGAAAGUGGAUGCGGCUUUAAUUGUGUUUGUGGGUGACGGGCCACAUGACAAUCCAAAUACAGUCAUCAGAGCAGAACCACAGCAGGAGCCCUGACUGACUCACUGCUCUUCAUUCAUUCACACACACUCGGCCUAGUAUAAAAUGCCUUCGAGGAGGGGGAUAGUUGGACUGAGGAUUUUAGGUUUUCGCAAGGCUGGAGUCCAAUCCACAUUAGUUGAUUAAGCAACAGAGCAAUUUUUAAAAAAGUAUUUCUAUCAAGAUGCCCCCGGCGAAUCCGCAUCUGAAUCACACAGAGGUUGAAGACAUCCUGGAGACAUGGCUGAAGGGGGCUGUGCGAAGACAGAGGAGGAGGAAGCCGCGAGCUCCGAGGAAGACUCGGGCUCGUUCCGUGGCACUGGGGUCUGUAAAUGGUUUAACGUGCGGAUGGGCUUCGGCUUCCUGUCCAUGACCCAUCGCGAGGACAUCUGUCUGGACUCACCCGUGGAUGUGUUCGUCCAUCAGAGCAAGCUUCAUAUGGAGGGUUUCCGCAGUCUGAAGGAAGGGGAGGCUGUGGAAUUCACCUUCAAAAGAUCCUCUAAGGGUCUGGAGUCCUUAUGGGUGACAGGCCCAGGUGGGGCACCAUGCGUAGGCAGCGAGAAAAAACCCAAGGGUGCCCAAAAGCGCCGUUCAAAAGGAGAUCGAUGCUUCAACUGUGGAGGGCCAAAUCAUCAUGCCAAAGAAUGCCAACUGCCACCUCAGCCAAAAAAGUGCCAUUUUUGUCAAAGCAUCUCCCACAUGGUGGCCAACUGUCCAAUCAAAGCACAGCAGUUGUCACCAGGAUCUCAGGGAAAAUCAACAACCUCAACAGGAGAAGAAGAGGACAUGAGCCACACCCCCUUACCUCCGGAGAGCUCUGAUUAGUUAGGGAAAAUUGUCAGGGAAACACAAGCACCAAUCAAAAAAUGUCAGUGGAAAGCUGCUUUUGGAACUAACUCAGGUUUUUCUUUUUCAAACAGCAGAAAUGAAUGUCCCCUCUUACUUUUGUACUUUAGUCAGGAAACUAAAACCAGAUUAAAUUAAUAUAGAAAGUUAUACUAAGAAAAUACGAUCACUAUCCUAUCCAUCUUUAUUGUUAUCCAUCAUGUUCGUAAAAAUAUCUGUAACUCAGCUUUGUGAUAGGUCUUUGUCUAUUCACAGAAUUUAUUUAGGAUUAAUUAGAUUACAGAUAUUUCACAGAGAUGAUGAUGAUGAAACGCAUGUUUCCGAGGGCAAAUCUCACGAAAAACACGUUUAAGUCAGAAGCUUAUUUUGAAUUGUAGGACCAUAAUUUUUUUUUUUUUCUUGGCAAUUAAUCAAGUUUCCUUCCCAAAUUCUAAAUAUUAUCCAGAGUUAAUCCAUAUGUAUAUGUUGCAAUUUUAUUUUAUUUUACUCAUAUUUUAAAACAGUUGUUGCAUUGCAUUGCAAAAAAAAAAAAAAAGAAAAAAAAAAAGAUUAAAUUAUAUGUUGCUUAAACAAUAAUCCCAUUUUUUUUUUUUUUCUUUUGAUUAUAGGGUAAAAUGUAUGUAGUACAGAACUACUUGACAGGUUUUGUGAGAUCUGCCUUAAAAGUGUGAAGCAAGUGUGAGAGAGAAAUAUUUUUAUUUUCUGCCUUAGCUAGCAAAGUGUCUUAGAUUUGUACCGAAACAAUCAAAAUGCGUCACGUUGACAAAUUGCAAAUAGCCUGGAUAUUACACUGGUGAAAUGCAUAUGUCUUUGUGCUUAGGUACAAAUGGUCUUUUGUUUUCUAAUGACAAAAUUAGCAAUCAUAGAAAUCAUACUGAAUUUCCUUUUUUCUUUUCUUGCUGAUGUUGUCUGAGACUCUUUGAUUGUUCUAAUCCACAGGCCAAAUGAAUGUUAAAAGUUUGUGUUCGUGCAGAUUAUACAUCAGUCUCUUUGUAUCACCAGUGGAAAUAUUUUGACUGCACUGUUACUAGUUAGUUACUAUGCGAAAGACACAGCGACUUUCUUAGAUUAUUAAUGCUGUGUAAUUGUCACGGAAGGCUCUCUCACAUUUAAAAAUCUGGGAAAUUAUAGGAAAUGUCCUGAAGACAUUUGAAAACAAGAGCCAAGACAAUAGCACAUUUUUUUUUAAUGAUCAUCUUUUUUCUUUCCAAGUGUUAAAUGAGACUCAAAUGAUGUGCCAGGUUUGUCAAAGCAUAUUCCAAGAAGAGAUCCUGACUUGAUCUCCCAUUAUUGUAAAUAACAAUUGUAAACUUUUUUUUUUUUUAAUCCACUGUUAUUUAUUUGUAGCAACACAAACUGACCUCAAACUCUGUGACGUUGCGAUGGACUCAGUUUGCUCUCAGUCACAACAAGAGCUAAAUUCUUUUGCUAGUUAUUUUGUAGUCUAAUAAUGUUUUUAACUGACAGCUGGGGACAAGUAUUCACAGUGUUUAAAAUAUGCUGAUUUUGUGAUGCACUCAUUUUUAUUUAUGGCCUAAAAAAACAGUAUUUUAAUGAUUUAUCCCCAUGUCUGCAUGAAGUUCAUGUUUGUUCUCUUUUUGACGGGGAGCAACUGAGCUGUCAAGCUUCACUGUGUUUGAGGAAAGCAUAGUCUUUGCCAAAUGAAAGCAUAAUGAAUUGUGUAUUCUUUUAGCCUUUUUGUAUAUUUGACAUAGUCCUCAAACUUUCAGAAACUCGGUGGGAAAAAACUAAACUAAACACUUGUAUCAGUACUACCAUUACUUAAUAAUGCUUGCAGCAAAGCACAAACUUAUGCAAACUGACUUAGCAAAAUUUUCAAUCCCAAACAAGACAGGAACGGUCAUUUAAAAUAAUCACUGCAUGUGUUGAACACGGGUUUAAUGUAAUAAUGCUUAGUAACCUCAAAACUAACAGCACAUCUCCAAAGGUUAUUGGUUUUAGUAUUUUAUUGCAUGGAAGUAGGUGUUAGAGUAGUUUAAUAUAGGGUUGGGUGGAUGGGUCUUGCCUCAAACAACCUGUUGAAAACUUGAAGUUUUCAGUUCAAGGGAUGUAAAGGUUUCUUUCUGAUUGUAUCUUAGUUCAUGCCAUUAUUGUAUAUUACAUUAUCAUUUCAAUAUUUUUAUUGUAUUGUUUUUAAUGUUUAUUUAAAGUGAGAACAAGAUACUUAACUUGUUUUGAAUCUAUACAAAUCUACCUCAGGGUGUGUUGAAAUGUAUUAAAUGGACGUUGUUACCAGAACAUUGUCCAUUUAAGUGUGUAUGUGAUGCGUGUGUGAUUUUUAGUUUUAUUUUUCUAGGUUUAAUGUAUUUAAUUUGGGAGGUGUGAUCAUUUAAAAUGUAGCUGCACUGUUUAAACUCAGAGUUUUGGUCAAAAGUGUUUGAAUUUUUGGUUUACAUUUAGACCAACUCACAAGUGCAACUGUAAUAUUGCUCCAGUUGUCUUUUUUUUUUUUUUUUUAAAUCUUUUUUUUCAAUCUUUUUUACUGUAAUGUACUCUGAGAUUGUCAACUCAGGAAUAUGUGUUAAUUAUUUCUUGUUUGUUUCUAAUGAAGAGGAUAAUCAAUGUUGGUGACCUUGAUUGUUUUAUUAUAAUUAUUGCUUCUCUGAUUUUUGCUCACUGAUGCUCAGGGUUCCAAAUGCUGCACAAAUAUGAAGCCCUGCUCAUGUUUAGUUAGCAUUUCCUUUGGUUUUCUUGCAUUCUCAUUGCAGGUGGUAGACUGUGGUCAAGACUGUGUGUUUCAUGUGUGUUCGAUGAAGACAAUUAUGUUUUGUGUUCCAGUGACCAAAGAAUGUAGCCACAUUGAAUAUGGCAAACAAAUUGCGUGGAGCUCGGUUUAUGGAGUGUCCUCUGCAUUGAUCCAUGUUAAUUGGUUUCAGAGAGAACUAUUUCAUUUUCAGUUUAUUGUGACAAAGCAUGCAAAGAAUGUUGUGCCCAAAAAUGUGCUUUAGUGUUGACAACUGCUAGUGAAUAAAUAUCUUUUUAUGGUUA